AUGGCGUCUGCAAUCUGCAACCACUCACUGAUUGCCCCAGCCGCCCAAAGGAGCUUUCCGUCCAACAGAUUUCCCCUCCGUUCCUUCUAUCUAUUCAAACAACCAAAUGCGGCUCCAGCCACGGCCAUCCGCUGCUCCCUCCGCCGGCCGGAGUACAUCCCGAACCACAUUCCGGACCCAAAGUAUGUCCGCAUAUUUGACACCACGCUCCGAGACGGCGAGCAGUCCCCCGGCGCCACCAUGACCACCAAGGAGAAGCUUGAUACCGCCAGACAGCUCGUUCGCCUCGGGGUCGACAUAAUCGAGGCCGGUUUCCCAGCCUCCUCUGAUGCCGACUUUGAAGGUGUCCGACUGAUCGCGCGUGAGGUCGGAAAUGUGGAUUCCGAUCAUGUGCCGGUCAUCUGUGGCUUGGCCAGGUGCAACAAGCGGGACAUCGAUAGGGCGUGGGAGGCUGUGAAUUUCGCCAAGAAGCCUAGGAUACACACGUUUAUCGCGACUAGUGAAAUUCACAUGAAGUUUAAGCUGAAGAUGACCCCGGAGCAGGUGAUUGAGAAGGCUAGGAGCAUGGUGACUUAUGCCAGAAGUUUAGGAUGUGAGGACGUCGAGUUCAGCCCCGAAGAUGCUGGAAGAUCAGAUAGGGAGUUUCUUUAUCAAAUCCUGGGAGAAGUCAUCAAGGCUGGUGCAACAACUCUUAACAUACCUGACACAGUCGGCUAUACGUUACCCAAUGAAUUUGGACAAUUAAUUGCUGAUAUAAAAGCCAACACCCCUGGAAUUGAAAAUGUGAUUAUUUCGACUCACUGUCAGAAUGACCUUGGACUUUCCACUGCUAAUACUUUAGCGGGCGCAUAUGCUGGUGCUAGGCAACUAGAGGUGACCAUUAAUGGCAUUGGUGAGAGAGCUGGUAAUGCCUCACUGGAGGAGGUUGUAAUGGCAUUGAAAUGCCGUGGAGAGCAAGUACUGGAUGGCCUUUAUACUGGGAUCAAUACACACCACAUUAUUAUGGCAAGCAAGAUGGUAGAAGAAUACAGUGGUCUGCGUGUGCAGCCACAUAAAGCAAUUGUUGGGGCUAAUGCUUUUGCUCACGAAAGUGGAAUACAUCAGGAUGGGAUGCUCAAACAUAAAAAUACGUAUGAAAUUAUAUCUCCUGAAGAUAUUGGACUUCUUCGCUCCAAUGAAUCUGGUAUAGUGCUUGGAAAACUCAGUGGGCGCCAUGCUUUGAAAGCCAAAAUGUUGGAGCUUGGGUAUGAUAUUGAUGGAAAGGAACUUGAUGAUCUUUUUGCACGUUUCAAAGAUGUAGCGGGAAGUAAAAAGAUUAUCACUGAUGACGACUUGGUUGCACUGGUCUCGGAUGAAGUUUUCCAGCCACAAGUUGUUUGGAAACUUGAAGAUGUUACAUGUGGAAGUCUUGGUCUUUCCACUGCCACAGUCAAACUCUCGGAUGCUGACGGCAAUGAACAUAUUUCUUGUUCAGUUGGAACAGGGCCAGUUGAUGCAGCAUAUAAGGCGGUUGAUCUUACUGUUAAGGUUCCUGUGACACUUCUUGAGUAUUCCAUGAAUGCAGUCACCGAAGGUAUUGAUGCUAUUGCCACAACAAGGGUUUUAAUUCGUGGAGAAGAUAGUGUUACAUCAACACAUGCUUUGACAGGGAAGACUAUCAACCGUGCAUUCAGUGGCACUGGAGCAGCUAUGGAUAUUGUCAUCUCUAGUGUUCGAGCUUACGUUGGUGCACUCAACAAGCUGCUGGGUUUUAAGGACCGAUCAAAAACUGAGGAUCCCAGUGAAAGCAAGGUGUUGCAUGCAUACAAGUGA